AUGCGUAUCAUCGCGAGAUUCUGCGACGUCCAAUAUCUCGUACGACUGCGACUCGUUGCACGUCGACUGAAUGAAACAUGUUGUCCACUUGUCUACCGCAUCCUUGCUCAGGAGAUUCUUCAUGGGAAGAGCUUUCAUCUCCAACGAGCCAUUGCACGAUGUGAUCCAACUGCCAUCGAUCGAUUGCUCGAACAAGGCGCCCCUGUAGCACAAUGGGACGCGGAAGGAGAAACUCCUUUACAUAAAGCAGCUCGUAACAAAUUGUCUCGUUGGUACGCAGAGGCUACUACGGUUGCCAUUGGACGUUGA